AUGCUAGAAAGCUCCGUCAAAGUUGACGAUUACUUCGAUAAUGACGAGAACGGACUGUGGUCUUGGUACCUCUGCAAUUUAAGGCAUGGGAAUUUUGAAGAGCUCAAUAAUAACCAACUGAAGUUUGCACUGCUGAGAAGAUUUCUCAACGAGCAGCUUUUGUCGGAUUCAGUUCUUUUUAAUAAGAAACUGCUACUUGUGUCAAUUCCAGACGCUAUCCACGAAAACACAAACUUGUUGGAGAAUUUCCUGAGAGACUAUUUCAAUCUUGACGAUCUACAGUUCAUACAAAUUCAGAAGCUCACGCAAGACCGAUGCUAUAACCACGAAAACCACUACUUAAUAAGUGACAGUCUCAGCAACUUUAAUGACAAGUCUUUUCUUGAGUUUGGUGCUAAAAGUCGCAGACCUCGUGAUGAUACCGAGAUUUUGGGACAAGACUCUAAUAAUCAGUAUAGCAUCAUCAGUGGGGAAACGGAGGCCGACCCUGCUCUACCAGCCGCGAUUUCCUCAGAAUCGCCUGCUAGCGUGCACCUUUCAAAAGUAGUUCAAGAGGAUGUUCCGCUGCGAACGCAUAACAGUUCGUCAAGACUGUUGAUAGUUGACAACCAAGAAUGUGCAAGUUCUACCGAUGAAAGCGAUGAUGCAAGCACCGAGCUUGUGUUGAAGUUUGAGCACCGUGGGAUGCUCGGAAAACAGAGGCUCCACCCAGAAGUUAGAAAAAUGGCAAGCACCGAAGAGGCCAUUGAUACACCUUCGACUGGUGUAUCCCUCCGUAGCGAUGAUGUCUCGUCAUAUGACGGCGAAGUGCUCACUCAAACAAUUACAAGAGAUGAGGAUUCUGUGUCUUUGAUGAUCGAAGAUGACAGCAUAUCAGAAUUAUCGAGUGUUGACCACUCGCUCAAAUCCUUAAGUUAUGACUCGGAAUACUCUCAGGGUUCGAGUUCGCUAACUUCCAUCUUCCCGUCAAUAUCUAUUUCGGAAAAAUUUGGUCGGUUCAGGCUGGUACUGCAAUCAAUAUUAGUUCAUCAACCAGACACACGCCAGCUAUUCACUGCGGUAAGACAAUCAAACAACGAUCCUACCGUCGCACAUGUUAAUGAUGAUUGGCUUUUAUACGAUGACAAAUUUUCCAUGAAUAACUUGCAGAUUCUUGCGCUACAUGACGUUCUAGAGAUGAACAAGUUCUUCCCAAAGAUUCUGUUUUACAGCUUAGUAAUGAUAUCAGAAGAGGUAGCUGCAGAUGCACAAGACUACUACCCAAGCAAGCCUAGCAAAUCUCCACAGCCCACUGCUUCAAAUUCAACUAUUUCAGAGAACACUUUAAAGGUUCAACCAACUCUAACACACUCUUUGACUAACACUAAUUCAUACUUGAGCACGGGCGCAUAUAAUUCAUCCUUGUCGCCCUUUUAUAGCUCAGUGCAACACAACCACGAACAGGGUGAAGAGGAUGACUACUAUGAUGAUGAUAAGAACAGUGAGGGAGUGGUAGUCCCGCUUUAUUCUGCGACCCGCACGAACUCCAAUAAGUCGACCGCGCAUAGGUCAAUUAGAACUAUAAAAAGUAUCGGUGAUUGGGCAUUCCACCAUGACUCGUCUUCCAGGAAACUAAGUCCAAAUGAUUCUACUUUAGAAGAUAGCUACCAAUCUGUUGAGGGAAACCUGAUGAAAGUCAGGUCCAAAUCUUCAGUAAAAAGCGGCCUUACAAAAACUCUCACUUUGGGCUCCCUAAGUACUGUUGAGAGAUCCAAAAGUGUUCCACUGCCGAGUGUUCUUAAGUCAUUGAGUAAUUUUGAUGAAGAGGCGCUAUACCUAAAAAAGAAGGUUGAAAAAUUCAAGAGAAAAAGACUAACUAAAAGGAAGAAGAAUGAGCCAAACUGUUUGCUUAUGUAG